AUGGCGAAACGGAAGCGUAAUAACAAUGGCGAGUCUGCUGCUGUCAAUACUGGAACUACAAGCAAGAAAGUCAAGUCAACGGCCCCAAAACCUACGCAAACCUCGACAACCAUCCAGAUAGUUGCGGGGUCUUACGACCGAGUUCUUCAUGGAAUUACAGCUACAAUAUCCCCCAACGACAGGGUAGAUUUCGCAGACACCUUCCUCUUCAAUGCCCACGACUCAGCAAUCCGCUGCCUGGCACUCUCCCCACCGUCCGCACCCGUCCCAAAGCAAACCCAAAAAGUCAUCCUCGCAAGCGGCAGCAGUGACGAACGAAUAAAUCUCUACCACCUCUCCGCACAUACCCCCUCUCAUAUCGCAGCCCCCGCCGUCGGUACCUUGAAAGCCAGUGUUCAGAACUCGCAAAACAAGGUACUGGGUUCCCUGUCACAGCACCGCAGCUCUGUUACAGCGUUGUAUUUUCCAACUAGAAGCAAGCUCAUGAGUUCGGCGGAGGAUAAUACAAUUGCGGUUACAAGAACGAGAGAUUGGAGUCUAUUGAGUGAAAUCAAGGCUCCAGUACCGAAGCCUGUUGGAAGACCGAGCGGAGAUACGGCACCAUUGGGUGGUGCGCCGAGUGGAGUAAAUGAUUUUGCGGUCCAUCCAAGCAUGAAGCUUAUGAUAUCAGUUGGCAAGGGGGAAAAAAGUAUGCGUUUAUGGAAUCUGGUCACUGGAAAGAAGGCAGGAGUCCUGACUUUCGAGAGGGAGAUGUUGGGUCAAGUGGGAGAGGGGAAGUUCAGCAGUGGCGAAGGAAGAAAAGUUGCUUGGGGAGCUACGAAUGCGGGAGAAGAGUUUUGUGUUGGGUUCGACAAGGGAGCCCUGAUAUUUGGCAUGGACUGCAAACCAAAGUGCAAGGUGGUCCCCCAACCCAGGGACAAGAAACACCAGUCGAAGAUACAUCAGUUAUGCUACGUCCAAGUCGACGAAGAGAAAGAAAUUUAUGUUCUAGCUCUUUCUACCGAGGAUGGGAGGAUACUGUUCUACUCUACGCGCCCAGAGGACUUGACAACAGCCCUACCGGCCGAGAAUGGAAGGGAUACACCCCUCCCUUCAGCGAAAUUGAUCGCAGUCGUUGAUUCUAAGGAUGACGACGAAGGCAAGGAUGCCAAAGCGGACGAAAGAGUGCCUCGAAUAAAAGACUUUACGGCCAUGGUUGUUGGUGAGGGAGCAGAAAAGACUAUUUGCAUCAUAGCUGGAAGAAGUGAUGGUGGGGUCAAGGUGUUCAGACUACCUGCAUCAGAUUUGACGAAAAAGAGCGACGAGGUACAGGAAGUUGGUAAACUGCUUGGGACAUAUGAGACGGGCAAUCGCAUAACAUGUAUAGAAUCAUUUGUUAUGCUGCCUCAAUUUGAGGGAGAUGAUGCACUUGAGCUUGAAGACUUUGAAGGCUUUGACGAAGCUGAUGAUGUUGAAGAGAACAAUAGCAGUAGCUCUGAUAGCGAAACUGCGCAGUCGCUGAAGUACGAAAUCGCCAUUAGCGAUCGGCUAAUAAGAAUCGAUUUUAUUCCAUCGAUACCAAAUAUCACCUGUAAACAAACGUUCCUCUCAAGUCUCUUCUACACGCAUAUUCCAAUUUCAAUCAAACCAUUAAUCAAAACAAUGGCACAAAAAGUCCUCCUCACCGGCGCCAAUGGCUUUCUAGGCUCCCACAUCCUCUCAGAGCUCCUGAAGUCCGGUUUUAACGUCCGCAGCGUUGUCCGCUCCCAAGCCAAAGUGUCCCAAAUCCAGCAAGACUUCUCCACAUACACCUCCCAAAUGGAUUUUGCCAUCGUCCCCGACAUGACCGCUCCCAACGCCUUCGACUCAGCAGUCCAAUCCACUCCCCCCCUCACAGCCGUAAUCCACCAGGCCUCCCCCUUCUUCUUCGCCAACAUCACCUCCAACGCCGACUUCCUCGACCCCGCAAUCCAAGGCACAACCGCUUUGCUCCACUCCAUCAAGUCCCACGCCCCCUCGGUAAAACGCGUCAUCUACACCUCCAGCUGCGCAGCAGUCCUCGACUUCGACGCACCCGUUGCGUCUAACCCGGCAAAAAUCUACACAUCAGAAGACUGGAACCCGAUCACGUACCCGCAAGCUCUAAGCGGAACAAAAGCACACGGCUACCGCGCGAGCAAGAAGUUUGCUGAGCUGGCAGCGUGGAACUUCGUCAAGGAAGAAAAGCCGGCUUUUGAUCUCGUUUCGAUUAACCCGCCGAUGAUUUGGGGCCCGGCUGCGCAUACCAUUAAAAGCAUCGCGGAGGUUGGGGAGAGCAAUGCUAGGGUUUAUCAGCAGUUUGUUAACUCUAAGAAAGAUGCGGCGCUGCCGGCGAAUGGAUUGCAUCUUUAUGUUGAUGUGAGGGAUCUUGCGGUUGCGCAUGUGAAGGCUCUGACGGAGCCGAAAGCAGGGGGCGAGAGGAUUAUCGUUUGUGCGAGGGCUAUCAGCAGUCAGGGGAUUUGUGAUGUGUUGAGGAAGAACAUCCCGGAGCUGGAGGAGAGGACGCCCGUUGGGAAGCCUGGGACGAAUUCGUUGCCUGAGGGGGCAUUUGGGGCCUCGAAUGAGAAGGCGAAGAGGAUUUUGGGGUGUGUGUUUAGGAGUGAGGAAGAGACGUUUGUUGAGAUGGGAAAGCAGUUGUUGGAGAUUGAGGCUAGGUCUUGA